CUCGUAAAUUAUGAGAAAUCCCAGUAUGCCUUGGCCCCGGCUGAAUUCGCGAACUUAAAUUGGGACAACCAAAAGUUCGCCAGAGUUUAAGUCAGAUUUUAGAUCACGUGAUCCGCCUGACCAAUGACGAGGUUGUAAAGUUGUGGCAUUGAGCGCUGCGGUUUUCAGAUCAGCGCGUUCAACAGGUGUUUCGGAUUUUAGUUAUACAGGGAUUAUUUUGUAUUAGUUUGAAGACCAGCUGGAGUAUUAUUGUUCGAGGAAUAAGGUAUUUUAUCGUACUUUCAUCAUUCGACUCUGGUGAGUAAACACAUUCUAUGGGGGAGUUAUACUGGGUAAAAUGUAAACAUUUUGUAUGGUAAACGUAUAAUUAAGAGUCAAUCAAGUUGCGGCUAAGUUGUUGAUGAAUUAAAAUGCUGAAGUUUGAACUAAGAAUUGUCAGCGCAGUAUAUUAGUGUGGACCAGAUUGUAUAGUUUGAAAACUAGCUGGAGCAGUUUAUUUUUCGAGGAUUUUAACUUAUUUUUAUCGAUCGACUGUGCAUAACAAGACAUGAUGGGCUUGUUUGUCUACUUGUUGACGGUCGCCGCGAUGUGCUACGGCUCGACGGGGCAGGAAGCCAUCGAUCAGCCGGGCGAAAGCUCGCGAGACGCUGUGGACGAUGCCUGCAAUGCCACGCAUUACACCGUCUUGGACGAUGCAAGACGCAGUGUCGGCUUCAACUCCAUCCACCUCGAGCCCAACCAGCUUCUGAACGACCAUUCCCUGCCCGAGGGUUGGUACAGAUUCACCGAAACACCGGGCACAAGGAUGCCGACGGAGUGCGUGGCCAUGGGGCUGUGUGGGACUCGCUACCCGGUAUGGAUGAGCGGGCAUCUGCCGGCCGAUCGAAGCAGUUCCGUGGUGGAAGGCUGUAUCAACACGGAGGAAGAGGGAUGCUGCAACGAGCGAGUCCAGAUGAUUGUACGCAACUGUGGUGAUUACUACAUCUACCAUCUGCCGGCGCUGCCCCGCUGCGUCAGGCCAGCGGCAUACUGCACAGAGAGAGGUCAUUGGGUGAUGGUCUUCAAGGCCAUCAGCGGCCUGGCUUAUCCCGAUCCCUACGAGCUGUGGACGGGCGAGAGGGAGUGGAACGAGCACAAACCGGAGGCCUCCCGGGUCGGCACGGGCUACCGCGGCCACUUCAAGAGCGCCCUGGUCAAGGAAUGGAACUCCCUCAACAUUGCUGAGGUUCGCCUGUCUCUGUACGAGGCAGGGGUGGAGGUCUUACGGGUCGUCUUUGACGGCUCUGGCAUUGACAAGACUUCAUGGUUUGACGCGGAAAGGAUUGUCUCCAGCCCCUAUCAGGACCUGAACGCCUCCAGGUCCGACCUCCUUGAUGUCAGAGUCGAGCACAACAAUCACCGCUUCAUGAUGAGCCGUAGUGCCGUGGACUGCCGCAACGCCAACGGCUGGCUGCUGAUGGUGGCCGCGGCAGGCGACUGUGAUUGGGAGACGGACGGCCCCUUCCCGGUCUUCAAGUAUAGCCGGUCCGGCUCGGCGACCAUAUGGGACAAUGACCAGGUUGGCGAGGCAGACGAGUUGGUCAUCUUCAUGAGGACGGAGGAGGCACCGGUGUGUAGAGAUAAGAGCUACCAGGUGAUAAGUAACACCGAGCGCGGGGUGAACGCGCCGAACAGCGGUGAAACCGUGGACGAUACCUCGCUGGUCCCGGGGUGGUAUCGCUUCAGCGGACCGGCGGGCGAGGAAGUCACCCGCUAUUGCCAGCCGAUUGGCGCUUGUGGGACAUUUUACCCGAUCUGGCUCAUGGACGUGCCGAGUACAGAAUCGGGCGAAACGGUGAAAGGCACCAUGUGCAUCAAUACCCAAAAACCUGGUUGUUGCAACGAGAAGAUCCAAGUGUUGGUGCGCAACUGCGGUGGUUUCUACAUCUACCGGCUCCCGCAGCUGGAGACAACACUCAUCGCUGCAUAUUGCACAGCCUUCGACGAGUGGGAUUUGGUGCUGAAGGGCGUCUCGGUACCAGACCACGAUCCUGGCAACCUCUACGAGCUCUGGGCGUCUAAUGAAUCGCAGAAUGCCGACGAGCAUAAGGCUAAACUGAUGGACAUUAACUUCGAAGAGCAUUACAAGAGUAGUCUGGUGGCCGACUGGGACCGGAUGUUUGUGCAACAGGUCCGGCUGUCUCUGUACAAAGAAGGCCAGGAGGUGCGGCGAUUUAUCUUCGACGGGCGCGGCUCGGACCGCUUCAACUGGUUCUCGCCCGAUCGCAUCAUGGAGACCCCCUACACGGACAUGACGGCCAACACAAGCUACACGCACUUCACUAUGGGAAGUCCAGACACCAGACAGUUCUUCAUCAACAAUGUCGAUAGGGACGGAGCAGCGGAUUUCUGCCGGGAGUCGGCGGGCUGGCUGGCCGUCACGCACGGCGAACAGGACUGCCUGUCGCAGGGGAGCGCCGUCCCUGGCUUCGUGUAUAGCGGACGGGAUACCGCCGUCAACUGGGAGGAAGGUCCAGUUGAAACUGCUGACGUUCUGGCCAUCUUCAUCAAGUCUCCAGUGUUGUUCAACCCAUGUAGUGAGAGCGGUCACACUGUGAUAACGGACAUUCGACGCAGCGCGGAUAUGAUUCACUACAGCGGCCUGUCGGUCGACUAUAGGACCCUGCAGCCCGGUUGGUACCGGUUCACGGACAAUAAAGGUGCAUCCCUGAAUAUGCCGACUAGCUGUGUGGAGGUCAACCACUGUGGGACACAUAAUCCAAUUUGGAUUGACGACAAGUUGCCUUGCAAACCAGGCGAACGUAAACCGCUGAUCGGAUGUAUUAAUACAGAUAAGGAUGGCUGUUGCAAUGAGAAGAUCUAUCUCGGGGCUCUGAACUGUGGUGACUACAUUGUGUAUGGACUGGACCAGGUUCCGUCCAUAGAGGGCGAUGAUGAGCCGUCUGGAUACUGCACAGAGCCGGACCAAUGGGAGCUGGUCUUCAAGCUGACGGACGGCUUCCUGGCGGGACCAAACCUCGCGCAGCCCUGGCGUCAGCGCUCCUCGGUCAACACGGACAUUCCGCACGCGCGCCAACUGGACAACGCUUUCCCUGGCAACUACAAGACCAGUGGCGUCUGGGGAUGGUCCCUCAUUGAUAAGGUAAAGCUUGUUGUUUACAAAGACGGAGAAGAGAGAAUCGUACUCGUCUUUGACGGCCGCUCCACCGACAAUCUCAACUGGUUCUCCAAGAGGAAGCUCCUCUUCUCACCGUGGACUGACCUCAAUGGACCCGGCGAGUUCAACAUCUUUUCAAUCGAAGGAGAGUAUACCCCGGACGUCUUUGGCACGCGCCGUUGGAUGAUCAACAAGAACCUUAGCCCCUGUGACAGUGCCAGCGAGGGGUGGCUCAUGGUCAUCACGGACCCAGGCUUCUUGUGCGCAAUGCAAAGACCGCCGCAGAUACUGUACUCCAACACGAGCACUGCCGAAAACUGGUCCGAGGGUUCGGUCGAGAAGGGCGAUUUCAUGGCCGUCUUUGUCUCAGGCCCAACGGUGACCAGCCGACGGUGCUGCACCUGCUAGGAAAACUAAAAGGACACCUGCCGAUUCAUGAGAAGCCCGGAAACUAUGCAUCAGCCCUUUUUGAUACAUGGCCGACACUAUAAGGGCACUUUUUGGAUUGGGUAAACUCUUUCUAUUUUUGCCCAAACUAAAUAGCGCCUAUAAUUGCGUCAGACGUAUCUCAAAUAGGCUAAUGAUGUCGGCAGCAAAAACAUUGUAGGGCUCACUGGAUCGAUGGGAGUUAAAUUGCAUGAGAAACCAUCGGAUACAAUUUUCGGAUACGUUAUCUGACGUUUUGACUGGGAUCUAUGAUUCUGACAAGUGUGUUCAAAAAUAUAUAAACGAUAACAAUUUAUCUUACCAGAGUGACGAUUUGCUUUUAGAUUGCUGUGAAAUCGUGAAUUGCUUAUAAAUUAUGACUAUGUUUUGUAAGAAGCAGAGAAGUUGUUUAUUUGAUAACAACUUAAUUUUUAAGUAUAAAAAGUAGGAUGGAUAACCGUAGCCUCUCGUGUGACUGCAACAGUCUUGGUACUGUUUAGUCCUUUAUUUUUAUUUUUUUAUAAAGAGAAAGUUUCGAAAUAGUUAGUUGAUAAACUGAGAAACCUAUAACCAAUAUUCGUAUUUCAAUUUGUACUAAUACAGUGUACAGGAAAUAAUACACAAAAGUCGCGUUUAAAAUGAACUGUUUCAGGUUGCAGACCAGUAAAUUAACUGCCAUAGGCCCCAGUGAUAAAUACGCCCACUUCCGAAUAUCAGGGGAAAAUACUUACAGCUCUCCAAGGUGUUUGAGACACACAUCUUAUUUCAUCGUCUUUCAUUUUGUGUUCAAUUUUUGGGUUUAACCUAUGGCGUAUGUGAGAAAAUUCCAUCUAGAAGUAACCUGUAUAUAGCCCGUCGCCAUUUUGGAAAAAAAAAUGAUGCCUGCGCUCCAUUGCGAAAUAAAGCAACUU